CUGGGUUUUCAAUUUAUUGCUCUUCCGUUCAAGAAAUCUGCUUUAAUUUUUGUUUACCUUCUUCCGGUCAUGGCGAAAAGAUGGGGUUUUUGCUUCAUUUUGAUUUCUCUCUUGCUGAUUUCUUCUGGGUUUUUGGUUUCUGGGGGAUUGACCCAAAAUUUCAUGAAUCUGAACUCGAACUCUUCUUCAUCUGGGAUUGAAAUGCCCCAGCACCCAAGUUUCAAUGCUGUUUCUUCGUCUUCAAGCUCAGGUUGCAGCUUUGUGACUCCCAGAAAGUCAACCACCCAUUCCCUUCACUCUCCGGAGCUUGGCUCCGUCGGAGACGGCGAUUCGGAGCCGGUGAAGUUCCAUCUCCGGCACAGAUCGGACGGCCAGGAAUCGACGGGGAGGAGAGAUUCGGUCUUUGAGUCAACCACGAGGGACUUUUCAAGAAUCCAGACAUUACACACGAGGAUAACAGAGAAGAAGAACCAGAACACAGUUUCAAGAAUCAAGAAUCCCAGUCCCUCCGGUGACCGGACGGCGGAAUUCUCGCCGGGAUCUUUGAACUCCGGCCAGUUGAUGGCCACUAUAGGCUCCGGGGUGAGUCUAGGGUCAGGGGAGUACUUCAUGGAUGUGUUUGUGGGUACACCUCCCAAACACUUCUCUCUGAUUCUUGACACUGGAAGUGACCUUAAUUGGAUCCAAUGUGUCCCUUGUUUGGAUUGCUUUGAGCAAAAGGGUCCUUACUAUGACCCAAAAGACUCCAAAUCCUACAGAAACAUAAGCUGCAAUGACCCUAAAUGCCACCUCGUUUCGUCCCCCGACCCUCCGAUCCCCUGCGAUUCCGGCUCCCAAACGUGCCCUUACUACUAUUGGUACGGCGACAGUUCAAACACAACCGGCGAUUUCGCGCUUGAGACGUUCACCGUCAACCUGACGACCCGGGCCGGAGCGCCCGAGGUCAGGAGGGUGGAGAACGUCUCGUUCGGAUGCGGCCAUUGGAACAGGGGACUGUUCCAUGGGGCCGCAGGGUUGUUGGGGCUAGGGAGGGGACCGCUUUCGUUCGCCUCCCAGCUCCAAUCCCUCUAUGGCCACUCUUUCUCAUAUUGUUUGGUUGAUAGGAAUAGCAAUUCAAGCAUUAGUAGCAAGUUAAUAUUUGGGGAGGACAAGUCACUAUUGAGUCACCCACAAUUGAACUUCACCUCAUUGGUUAACCGGAACGAAAACCCGGUCGAGACGUUCUACUACUUGAAGAUCAAGUCCGUCCUGGUUGGCGGGGAAGCGGUCCGGGUCCCGGAGGAGACGUGGGACCUCUCGCCCGAAGGGGUAGGAGGGACCAUCAUUGACUCUGGAACUACUCUGAGCUACUUUGCGGACCCCGCGUAUGACAUCAUCAAAAACGCCUUCAUUAAGAAGGCGGGAAACCGGUACCCGACCGUCAACGAUUUCCCGAUACUCGAACCAUGUUACAACGUGUCGGGGGCCGGGGCCAUCGAUUUGCCGUCGUUCGGCAUCGUGUUCGCGGACGGGGCGGUUUGGAAUUUUCCGGUCGAGAAUUACUUCAUCCGGAUCGAACCGGAAGAGAUUGUUUGCUUGGCCAUCCUUGGGACUCCUCGCUCCGGUUUAUCUAUCAUUGGGAAUUAUCAGCAACAGAAUUUUCAUAUAAUGUAUGACACUAAGAAGUCCAGGCUUGGUUUUGCACCAACAAAAUGUGCUGAAGCCUAAUGUUUAUUUAUUUAUUUGUUUGAAAAUUGGGGAGCAUAUUUUUGGGUGGGAUCCCGUCCUGCCUGCCGUUCAAAGGCAUCUCGCGAUGCAGAAGUGAGCUGCUGCUAGCAAUGGAUUCAUGUCUACUUGGGAGCGGAUUUGGUAUGGGCCUGACAAUAGUCAUGAAGACUUGUGCAAAUCAAUUGAACAGAGGUUUGAAAUGGUAAUUUUUUCUUCAACCUGAGCAACCUAAUUUUUUAGUAUUCUACCUACUACUUGGGUUCCCUGACUUAAUCUUGGAUAUAACUUAACUUAGGGGAAAAGUUCCUUUCAUUCCUUGAUAUGGUUAGAAAUGUUCACUAUUUGGCAUAAAUAUACAACAAUGACAACAACAAUAAUAAUCGGAAUUUUUGGGAUGGGGUUCCAAAUGGACAGGUAUGUUGAGUAUGAACGGUGCACCUAUUGAAUAACAAUAUUAUAUACAGAGUACUUUAUAAAGUUGCAUUUUGUUACUAUAUUUAAUCAUUUAGAACUGCUCACCUAAGCCUCACCUAGGUUACUAGGCAUCCUGGCGGUGCAACGGCGCCACGCCUCGCCUUGACGCCGUGAUAACUAUACUAUGUAACCAUCGAUAGAACUUGUCAGCCACUACCACUACCUAUCACAAUAAUAAUCAAGAACUACACAAUUGGUGAGCACCACCAUUUUUACCUACCACUACUGUUAAUGUUGUCAUUGAUAUUAUAAAAUUUGUGUUGGAAUGUAUGCUUUCCAAAUUAGAAAAAAGCAAAGGAUGAAAAGCUUGAAAUAGGAAAUGAAAAAAAAGUGGGUAAAAAACAGAAGUAAACAGACCCGUUAGAGCAUCAGCAGCAGCGAGGAAGAGGAGUGUCUUGCCAUGCCAACUCAGCCCCGCUCCUCCAAAAUUGUGGUGUGGCAAGGGUUUCCAUCAUGCCUUGGGAGCCAUGUGCGAGGCAAAUUUCCAACCCCUUUUUUUGUUUUUUUGUACAUGAAUUGGAUCCUGCGACAUAUCAAUCCAAUACCUGCCAACACACUCUCUUCCUCAUUCGACCAAACGAAACUUAUUCUUUUUGUUGGCGCCAACUUCGUGUGUUUGGAAGUGGAGCCUUUUUCUUCUUCACAGACUCCGUUUCGAGCUUAGUAUCUUGGUCAUGCGGAGAUUGCGUCUCCGACAUGUAAUGAGAUUGAGUUUCCGGGAUGAAGUUCAGAAAUGCUAAAUAAACCUUGAGAGCCACACGAGAAGAAGUUUGGAGAUGGAGUCCAAGACUCGGAACCGUUAUAAGUCGGCCGAUAACAAUUAUUGAACAUAUUCUUGGUGUUCAGAACCAGGAAUGUUUGGAUUCAGUGUGAGAAGAAAUAUAAAAUUUAUAAAAAUAUAUUCUCUCCGUUCACAAACAAACUUCUUGUUCACUAUUUACAGGUUCAAACUUUAUUCACUUUGUUGGCCUAUUUUCGUCACCUAUUUGAUAAAAUAAUAUAGACAUGUCACCUCU